AUGGAUCCAGUUCGAGAAAUGGUCACAGGUCGACGGCCGACAAUCAUUAUAUCAGAUCCCAAGGUAGCAGUCGACCUGCUUGAAAAGCGCAGUACAAAGUUCAGCUCUCGACCGCGAUUUGUCGUCAUGGGCGAGCUGUACUGGGAUAACGCAGGCAUUCUGGUCCAACCAUACGGCAAGGAAUGGCAAAUACGCCGGCGGAUGUUGCAUCAAGCAUUGAACCCAUCCGCGUUGAGAUUGUACAAACCUGUUCAAGAAGCCGAGGCAGCGAGGCUGUGCCGGGCUCUAUUGGAUCAACCAAAGUCUUAUGAAGGAAUCAUUGAUCGUUUUACAGCGAGCGUGGUAUUUAGCAUUGCAUAUGGUCACAGAAUUGAUUCGAUGGACUCUAAGGUCAUUCGUCAACGUCUUGAGUUCAUGCAAUAUUCUGCGUCUCUCAAUGUGCCGGGUAGAUAUCUCGCUGAGUCGAUUCCAUGGCUCAAAUACAUUCCCAACUUCCUUGCACCAUGGAAAGCAGAGAUCCAGCGACACGGGCGCGAAGAAGCCGCGACAAAUGUCGCACUAAUACGCCGAGUUCAAGAUGAACUUCGCAUUGCCGAAAAACCCUCUGAUGUACCAGACUCUCUAUCGAAACUUCUCCUCGAAGCUCGAGAAGCAGACCCGAAUACAUUCGGCGUCCUAAGCGAACGAGAUUUCUCUUUUGUGCCAGCAUCUCUUUUCGGAGCCGGGAGCGAUACGACUGCGAGCACUUUGUGCAGUGCAAUCCUUAUGUUGGUGACAAACCCACAAGCGCAAGCUGCUGCACACGCGGAGCUCGAUCACGUAGUGGGAAUGACACGCCUUCCUACAUUCGAUGAUGAGAAGGACCUCCCUUAUCUCAAAGCCCUCUGCAAUGAAACGCUUCGCAUCAGACCGGUCGCCGUUCUGGGGGGUACGCCACAUGCAAACUCGGUUGCAGAUACCUACAAGGGCUUCUACAUACCGCAGGGCACGACCAUCCUCUCUAAUUCAUGGGCAAUCAAUCUCAACCCUACAUACUACCCAAAUCCGCACCAUUUCGAUCCACUACGCUUUUUGGAAGUUGAUCCAGAGACUCUCACUUAUCUCCCGAAGACUUCAAGAGAAGAUCUUGCCAAACUCUCUCCACAAAUAUCGCAUCCUGCGAAAGAGGGACAUAGCUCUUUUGGCUGGGGCCGACGUAUCUGUCCAGGAGCGGGAUUAGCUCAGAAUUCCCUGUUCAUUGCAUUGGCACGCCUCUUGUGGGCUUUUGAAUUACAACCGAUGCGUGAAGCUAAUGGCUCCGAAAGAAGAUAUGAUACCUUUGCGUAUACCCAAGGUUUCAAUAUCCGACCACAACCGUUUGAGUGUGAGAUUCACGUGCGGAGCGAGAAGCAUCGACUGGCCUUGAUGGCCGAGACAAUUGGUGCCGAGAAAGUGAUGAAUCGUUUCCCCCCAUUUGAAGAAUAG